AUGACGUGGAAGGUGGUGCUCAUAGUGUUAUUCAUUGCGCUAACGUUCUGUCUGUCGCAAUCCGCAGUUUUUAGCGUAGAUCUUGGCUCGGAAUCGGUAAAGGUGGCGGUUGUGAAUCUGAAGCCCGGUCAGAGCCCGAUCUCGAUAGCCAUCAAUGAGAUCUCAGAGCGGAAUUCGCCGGCGCUGGUGUCUUUCCACGGAGGUCAUCGCCUCCUCGCCGAGGAGGCCGCCGGCCUCGCUGCUCGCUGUCCGCCGAAGGCACGACCUCGUGGCGAAACCCUACGGUUCAGCGAAGAAGAUUUUGGACUCAAUGUAUUUGCCUUUCGAGGCGAAGGAAGACUCCAGAUGCGGCAUGAAUUUGGUCGCGGACGGAAACGGCGCCGUUUACUCGCCCGAGGAACUGGUGGCCGUGGUGUUGGGUUACGCGGCGAAUUGGAGGAGUUUCACGCGAAGAUUCCGAUAAAGGACGCGGUGAUCACAGUGCCACCGUAUUUAGGGCAGGCUGAGCGGAGGGGGCUGGUGGUGGCGGCACAGUUGGCGGAGAUUAACGUUCUGUCGUUGAUAAACGAGCAUUCCGGUGCGGCGGUGCAGUAUGGGAUGGACAAGAACUUCUUGAACGAGUCGAGGCACGUGAUUUUCUAUGACAUGGGUUCCAGCAGUACCUAUACGGCGCUUGUGUAUUUCUCAUCGGACAUGAUUAAUGAGUAUGGGAAGAGCGUGCCCGUGAACCAGUUUGAGGUUAAGGAUGUCCGUUGGAACCCGGAGCUGGGUGAGUAUUUUGCUGACGAGUUCAAUGCACAAGUUGGUGGUGGAAUAGAUGUGAGGAAUUUUCCCAGGGCUAUGGCUAAAUUGAGGAAACCGGCCAAACGAACAAAAGAAAUUCUUAGUGCAAACACAGCUGCACCUAUUUCAGUUGAACCGCUCCAUGAUGACGUGGACUUCAGGAGCACCAUAACCCGCGAGAAAUUUGAAGAGCUCUGUCAAGACAUUUGGGAAAAAUCUCUUUUACCUGUGAAAAAGGUGCUUCAGCAUUCCGGCCUUUCAUUGGAACGAAUAUAUGCCGUGGAGUUGAUUGGAGGUGCCACCAGAGUGCCUAAAUUACAGGCUAAGCUUCAAGAAUUCCUUGGGAGAAAAGAACUUGAUAGGCAUCUUGAUGUUGAUGAAGCAAUUGUUCUUGGUGCAGCUCUGCAUGCUGCAAAUUUGAGUGAUGGAAUCAAAUUGAAUCGCAAACUAGGAAUUGUUGAUGAUUCCUUAUAUGGAUUUGUGGUCGAGUUUAAUGGUCCUGAUCAUUUGAAAGAUGAAAACCCUAGGCAGUUACUUGUACCACGGAUGAAGAAAGUCCCGAGUAAGAUGUUUAGAUCAGUUAAUCAUGACAAAGACUUUGAGGUUUCACUAGCUUAUGAAAGCGAGCACCAUUUGCCUCCUGGUGUUACCUCUCCCGUAAUUGCUCAAUACCAGAUAUCUGGUUUGAUAGAUGCUGGUGAGAAAUACUCAUCUCGGAAUCUGUCAUCACCCAUCAAGGCAAACAUUCAUUUUUCUCUUACUAGAAGUGGAAUUCUUUCUCUGCACCGAGCAGAUGCUGUAAUUGAAAUAACAGACUGGGUGGAAGUUCCCAGGAAGAAUUUGACCAAAGAGAACUCAACCAUUUCAUCAAAUGUUUCCACAGAAGCUGGUGCUAGUAACAGUUCCCAGGAAAACAGCCAAAACAUGCAAACUGAUAGUGGGAUUAGUAAGUCAUCUAACAUUAGUGCAGCAGAGAAAGAUGCCGCCGAGCCUGCUACAGAUUAG